AUGCCAACUCCAUCUCCGUUGCUGCCAACUCCAUCUGCAAAAUCCCAGCUUCAGGAUCGCCUGCAGCUGACGAAGGAAUUGUUCGACGAGAAUGUGGAGCGUUUGCGGGCCGAGUUUGAACGCGCCCUUGCACAGGCGCAUUUGUGCGUCACCUUCAUCGACAAUGCUCAAAGUGCGGCCACGGAGGAGGAAGAGAUCCUCCCGCCUGCAAGUUCACCUGAAAUUGUCGACAGAAAGAUGGAUGCGGACCUCAGCCCAGCGGUUGCGUGCUAA